AGUAUUUCCCAUGUCAUCAAAAGUUAAAGCGCGCAAGUCAUCAACGGCGUCAAAAAGUACUAUUUCAAUGGCUGGAACGACAUCUACACCUGGACAAAACGCGAAUGGCAUCAACGAUGCAGCCUCUAUGCCACCACCCAAGGAUCCCCCGCAACAUUUAGCAAUGCUAGAACCAGAGAUGACGGCGCUUUCGGGUUGUUUGAGGAAUGCUGUCAUAAAGACGGGACAGCUAUACGGAUUUCAUGCAGAUUCUCGUAGACUCGGUAUUCAUAAGUAUGCACCGAACCCUCCUCGAACCCUUAUCACCUCCCUCGGUCGUGAGGUUGAGAAAUACGACCAACUAUGCGACGCAAUGGAGUCUCAUCUGCUUCGAGCAAUUUACCUCCUUCAACGAGAUUUAGCCCGUGAACAGCGUAGUAUAAAAGAAGCUGAAAAUGCAGCCAUAUCAACCAGAACACGCUCAAAGUCCCUGUCCAAAUCUCCAACUUCAACUCGUGUUCCGCUACCGUCCUCAGAGGGCCCAUCUGAAUCAACAAACGCUCCACCUCAAGGUCCAUCGCAAUCUCCCCCCACUUCAGCUGGCGCACCAGGGCGCCGUCAAUCCGCCAUCUCGCUUUCC